GGGAGGGCGGGUCCCCGGGUGACCCCUUUGGGGUGGGGUGUGAACUGUUUAGGUAAACCGCCGGGGCGUGGCAUUGAGCGGCCCCUCCCCUGUCGGGCCUGGAAGGGCUUUCCCCUCCUUUCUCUCUCCUCCCCCCAAUCCCCCCGCCCCUGGCCUCCUGCAGCCUCAGGAUCCACGUGGGGACAGCGCCCACGUGACCAUGCUAGGCGCUUUUAACCUGCUAGGGCCGCGUCAUGUGCGUGGGCCGGAUGUGACGUCACGGGUCCGGCGCUCCCGGAAGUGAUCGGCGCGGGAAAUCUGAAGGGUGGGACCGAGAGGUUUGCCCCGGAAGUUAGGGGAUGGACCAGGAUAAGUGACCGGAAGUGAACAUCUGCCAGCCGGCCCGGAAGGAGAGAGGGGAAAAGGGGAGGAGGCGUGAGCUCCUCAUCCUGGACCCUGUGGAGGGGUCCUGCCACGUCUGGUCAUGAAGCUGAAGCUGAAGAACGUUUUUCUCGUCUAUUUUUUGGUGUCCCUCACCGGCCUCCUCUAUGCCCUCCUGCAGCUCGGCCAGCCCUGUGACUGCUCCCCACAUCUCCGAGCAGCUGCCGAGCACCUUCGCAGGAAAGACCUGAAGAUCUCCCAGUUGCAAGCUGAGCUCGGUCGGCCACCCCCUGCUCCCGCCCAGCCCCCUGAACCUGAGGCUUUGCCCACCAUCUACGUUGUGACCCCUACCUAUGCCAGGCUGGUGCAGAAGGCUGAGCUGGUUCGCCUGUCACAGACCCUGUCCUUGGUGCCCAGACUUCAUUGGGUGGUGGUAGAGGAUGCUGAGACCCCUACCCCCCUGGUCUCAGCACUGCUGGCCGCCUCUGGCCUCCGAUUCACUCACCUGGUAGCUCUCACGCCUAAGGGACAGCGGCUUCGAGAAGGGGAGCCAGGCUGGGUCCGGCCCCGGGGUGUGGAGCAGCGAAACAGAGCCCUGGAUUGGCUCCGGGGAAAAGAGACUGCAGUUGGUGGGGAAAGGGACCCGCCCCCUGAGGGGGCCCGUGGGGUCGUAUACUUCGCUGAUGAUGACAACACCUAUAGCCGGGAGCUCUUUGAGGAGAUGAGGGGAACCCGAGGCGUCUCCGUGUGGCCCGUGGGACUGGUCGGUGGCCUGCGGUUUGAGGGGCCCCAGGUGCAGGGGGGCCAGGUGGUUGGCUUCCACACAGCCUGGGAGCCCGACCGGCCCUUCCCUCUGGACAUGGCCGGCUUUGCUGUAUCACUGCCUCUUCUCUUGUCUCGGCCUGGUGCCCAGUUUGACCCAACAGCCCCCCGGGGCCAUCUCGAGAGCAGUCUCCUCAGCCAUCUCAUUGACCCCAAGGAUCUGGAGCCCCGGGCUUCGAACUGCACACGGGUGCUGGUGUGGCACACGAGAACAGAGAAACCCAAGAUGAAACAGGAAGAACAACUGCAGAGGCUGGGGCGGGGCUCGGACCCGGGCAUCGAGGUGUGACCAGAGAGGCUGACGCUCCUUGGGACACGCCGUACGCUAGAGAAGUUUGUUCUCUCGCCUUCCAAGGUCAUGACCCUCCAGAUUUGGGGUCUGCCCCAUGGACCUGGUGGACACAGUGACCAUUUCUAGGGCUCCUCCCUCCCCCAUCUUGCCAUGUGGAGCUGGCCAAAGAGAACCAGUGGACAGUGGUGUUGAGCUGGGUCAGUCCUGGGGUGAGGACUCAGCUGGAAGAGCAGGGCAGACUGCCUGAAGAGUGGUGCUGUCCAGUUACUCAGUGGGCACGGGCAUGCAUUUUGGGGCCUGAUCAGGAGGGGGCUGCUAAGGCCCUCCCCACAGUGAGCAUGUUCCCCCAUUCCUACCUCCAGAAUAAAGUAUGUCAAUCAUCUGGCU